CAUAACUGGGGCUUGAUACCAAGAAUUUCUUCGAAGCAUGGCGAGUUGCCUAUGAUGAGUGUCUUAGCAGCUGCACCUUUUGAAGUUACCCAAAGCGACACCCACUACCCAAGGGACCCGUCUGAUGCUGUUGCGGCCCUUAACAUCCUCAAGCGGUGGUUGCCGGCCGAACUGGCCCUGGCCAUUCUACAUCAGGCACAGUACUGGCUUUGUUCUCGUGUUGCUAGGCAAGAUAGCCUUCGUUUCUCAGAAUCCGCGUGUCGCGACAGAACCCCGUAUCUGCUGUCAGAGCCCAUAACAGGCAAACGAUUCCCUGUUCAGAAGAUCAUAAUCGAUAUUUGGAGCCACGACCAAGGCUGGAGCUCCUAUCCACAAGACCAUGGCACAUACAGAGGCUCCUGGACGUGGUUUGACCUCGGGAUCCAAAGACCACCUGGGAGGGAAGACGUUUCUGCGGGCCUUCCACAACUAGUCACAAAUGUACAUGCAAGCUCGGAGACGAGGCAUCAUCAGGUCGUGUAUUGCAGAGACGAGCAGCCCUGGAUGGGCGAUCUUCAAGCAGAAGACCGGAUCACAAUUAUUCCACGCGCGCUUUUCCCUGGCUGGGUCAAUUUCACGGAGCGGGCUUCAGUUGCGAUAUAUACCGAUCUGUUUUAACAUGCAGCUACAGCUGUAGUUACAUGAUGAAAGGCAAUACCAGUGGCAAAGCAGAGACAUCGGUAGCCGUAUUCGGGACUCAAUAGAUAGCAGGAAUACUCGUUGGUGUUACACCGUAUUACGUUCUACAGACCGUAUGUCUGGUCCUUAGGGGUUACAAUCCAUGUUGUCAGGUUAUUGUGGUGGCUUUCAGUCAUGUACCCGUACUCGUAAACGUAUCGAUGAAGAUACUCCGGCAUCAGCUGUGGUGCAACAGUCG